AUGCUUCUUGAAAGUAGCCUGCAGUUGAUUGCUGAUGCACUUCUUGAAUGGCAUGCAGACAAUGCUCGCACAGUUGCGAGUGGGCGCAGGGAAUCAAGGAGGCGCUUGACAGAGUGCUUGCCCAGUGUCCCGGGAACUGGCCUUAGCUUGCAUGAGCAUUACAAUCAGAUUGCACUUCAGAGUCCACUUGCGUUGCUUCCGGUUCUUCGCAAGCGGAAGUUAGCUACUGAUAGGGUCGUAGAUCGCGGUGCCAGGGCCACUGAGGAGAUACGGCUUCGGCAGGAGUAUGCAUUGCGUCUUGCAGCCAGCAUGCAGGAGGCGCAACUGCCGGUGUGCAAGGUGCUUGCAGGGGUCAGCAAUGCCGAGGAAGCCUGGCCACGGCUGUUCGGGACCCGUCGAUCCAAGACAUUGAGAAAUCGCUUUAGAGCUUGGGACAAGUUUCGGGAAUGGUUGCUUUAUAGCCGUGGCAGGAGCUAUCCGGAAGGGGUAGCUGAUGUGCUAGAUUAUGCCAAUGAACGAUUCCAGGAAGGAUGUGGAAAGACAGUUCUCGAAAGCCUGCAAGCCUCUCUCAGUGUAAUUGAAGGUGUAGGGCGCGUGCCGUCUACGCAGCAGAUAUCUCAGGAUCCCACAUGGCAGGCGCAGCUCAAAAGUUACACGGCCGAUUUGGUUUCGGCGGCACCGCCGGAGCAGCCAGCCAGCAUGCUCACUGUUGCUAUCGUUCUUGCAUGUGAGAUCUUCGUUUGCACGCCCGGGGAGCCUAGUUACUUGAGAGCAUUGGGCUUUGUCUGCUUAUUGAUGGUUUGGGGAUCGCUUCGGGCUGAUGAUGUUCAGGGGCUCUUGCCGCAGACCAUGCUUCUGGACGAGCGAGGGCUUAGCAUUGAUCUCGCGCGGUCCAAGACUACAGGGCCCGACAAAAGGACCCACACCGUCAAGGUCUUCGUGGAACGGAGUAUCUCUCUGACAGGGCAUGAUUGGCUGAAGGUCGGAUAUGCACUUUGGAAGGAUUUCGAUUUUGAGAGGGAUUAUCUGGUUUUGAAGGCCAAUGAAGGUUUCACGGAACCCCUGGAGAAGUCGGUGCCUUCCUCCACGGUGGCCCUUUACUUCCGCAAAGUUCUCAGUGAGUUGAAAACGCCCAAGCGUGAGGGGCGCACAUGGAAGGCCAAUGAUCAGCGUCCGCUGCUCCCGGGAUACACUUCCAGUCAUUUUACGGGACAUUCUGCGAGGAACUUCCUUAGCUCGGUCGGAGCGGCCAUCGAUGUCGACCCCAGGGAGCUUGAUUAUCUGGGUCGCUGGAAGGUAGGUGGCGAAGGUUCUGCAACCUACAUUCGCACUUCUAGGCAGGUUGUGCAUCGUCUCCAGAGUCACAUUGCUUGUUCCCUUGUCACCGGACAGCCAAAGCACUACAUCGAGGUGGAUUCCAUCAAGGCUUUGACGGAUUAUGCAGCUAAGGCGGGGGAGAGCGAAUCUCAGGUUCGUCGCCGUCACACCCUCCUCGAGGGAUCCAAAGGCUUGGGCGGGUCGUGGCCAACUCUGGCAUUGGAAGUGGGUGUUGCGGCACCACCUUCUCCAGUCGAGCAGGUUUCGAUGCCAGGCAGCCGGGGGGAUUACUUCAUCGUUACCUCUCGCACCACAGGCCUGAGGCGUCUGCACAUGUUGGGCUGCUAUGUCAAGCCUGAGAAUUGUUAUGAUGUGAAAUUUGUCAGUCAUGUCGGCGCGGAGGACGUCGAUAACAUUUGCAAAGAUUGCAAAGCAAGAAUGAAGGCUCAGGCCGGAGAGGAGGAGUCAGACCCCUCCAGCAGUGACAGUGGGAGGAAGUCUCACUCGGCGCAGGCCGUGAGGUGCCGGCGGAUUCCGCAUCCUGUCACAGGCCUCAGGGCGACGGGUGGACACAUCGCAGUGCAGCUAAAGGCCUCAGGGCGGCUAGCAAUCCAAGUCCUACAGGGCCACAGGCGAUUCCAGGCAAUCGCCGAUUCCCGGCCGGAAGCGCGGGCUGCUGGGAAGGCGGACUUUGGUCUUGAUGAUGGGGCUGCUGAUGGGCGACAACAAAUCGCGGGGGUCGUCGCUGCAUGGGAACUUGCACGCGACGUAAUCAGCAAAGAGACGGAAACACGAGCAGAGGCGAAAGUGUUAGGCCAGCCGCGAAUCUUGCAAGUCACAGAGAGGCAAGCAAUGCUCAAAGCGGUAGCGGCCGUUCACGGGCAGCUGGGAGAGUCGGAGACUCCAUCGUCUGAGUACCUCGCUCUCAAGUGCGAGGAGUGCGAAGCCAAUGAGCCUCAGGCUUCAACCUUGGAUGCCAUAACUUCGAAGAAGAACACGCUCACCACGAGCAUCCAGUCCAGCCUUGACGCUUCGGGGCGAAUUCAUAUUACUCAGCACAAAUCCAAGAGCGAGCUCCCGACUACUACAGAAGCUUAUCGCAAGGUCCUUCGCGUGGAAGCUUUCACGUGGCUAUGCAUGGCAUCCCGCUUUAAAUCCAAGCAAUGGCUUCAGGAUCUUAAGCUGUCUGACUUCGACCACUUCGUGAACUACAUCCUUGGCGAAAAGGUCGCUCAGCUCUCAGUGCCUACGUCUCAUCAGCCAGCCGAUGAGACCUACUUCACGACGCCGCUCGCCUUGUCCAUCAUUGAGCGACCACGCAAGUGGCACAAAGGCAAGGGCAAGGGUGAUGUGGGCUCUUACCUUCAGUCACUGGGCAAUGUCACUAAUCUUCUUCAGUUCGAUCUUCAGCGCUCCACGGAGCAUGACUUGACUAAGGAAGGCUUGUGGCAGCACAUCUUUCAAUUGCUUGGCGAAGGGGAUUGGAUCCUCAUUGUGGAGCAGGCUAAUUAUUUUCUUGAUCAGACCGUGACGGCAUGUCAACUUGCAUGGCAGUAUGUUCUGGAGCACCCGGAAGAUCUCGGCGCAACGCCGGAUCACGAGUUACCGGCUUCCAUCUGGCAGCUACCAGCUCUGCGUGAGCUCCAGGUUUCCACUCAGGCCAUCACUUUUGCUUUCUUUCAAUGCAGCUUUGAGGCUCCCACUUCCAAACCCACACGCCUUCUCACUAAUCUACGGGCCUUUGUCGAGCAGCCUCCGCCUUUUGCUUCCUGGCCACGCUUCGACUCCAGUGAUCGCUACGUGGGGCCGUUGCCGCCACGCUGCCCGCACGGGAAACAUGACAAAGUACUUGCAGGUGAGGCAGGUCCAAUGCAGGAAUCCCACGAGGCGACGCAGGAGGCAUGCGAUGAGGAUCUCGCGUUCCUUCGCGGGCAUGGUUUCGUCCUUCCGGGCGAAGAGCACAGUGCUGAUCUUGAGGCGGUCCAGUCAGAUGAUUCGGAGGUGCUGGAGGGGGGCGAGGUCGAAAGACCGGAGCCCUUCAAGCAUCAGGAGUGCCACAACAUCGGGCUGCCUUUGAACCUCGAGUGGGAUGGCAAAACUCAGCCGAUCACGGAUGGCUUUGGACUCUGCUCACCCACUAGAUGGCCUCCGGAAGCCAGGGGGGGCCUGCUGCCCAAGCAGGCUUUGGAGUUCGCCACUGCCAUGCAUCAAGUGCUUCGAGACUUUGUAGCGGACGUUGUGCCUGAUAUCAAGCGCACGGCGAUGGAGCUUGCGCUAGGCCGCCUUAAGGAAUCGCCUUUCACUCCCGAGAUGUUAGGGGUCCUUAGGAAGGAUUGGUUUAGUUGCAUAGAGGUUGCUUCGGGAGGCAAGUGUACGGAUCUUGAUGUGGUGCCGAGUGGCCAGCCAUUCUUCUUGCAUGCUGUGUCUGCGACGGCUCGGCUGUUGCAGGACCCAGAUUGGAAAGCCGUUUCUUGCCAGGAGGACUCCUAUGUCAGCGGGGUCGCGAUCGGUUAUGACUGCCCCGUCGCCGCAGCAAGAUCGGUCAAAAGAGAAGGCGUGGCCUUCCGCACUGAUGCAAAGUGCGCGGACGGGUACGUGGUCCUUGGGGGUUGGGAUUGCGCAGGCACAACUCAGGAGUCCAGAUGGUUCUCACUUCGACUUACUCCCUCAGAGGCCCCUUACCUCUUCGACUCAGAAGGUCACAGUCAGUGGGCUUCGGCAUCGGCUGAAUUGCUGGCCACGCUGGCUGCACUGCACAUCUUCGGUCACCUUGAAGCCGGGCCAACUAGGCGUUUGAUGAAGGUUGAGGUUCUAGCUCAGACGGAUAAUAAGUCUAACGAGGGCUUGACUCGCAAGGGUUCUACAACGCGCUGGCCCUUGCUCAUGGUUAACAUGCAGCUCACCCAUGUUCUCAUGAAGGCCGGCUUGCGGUUGAACUUGGGAUGGCGUCCACGGGACGAAAAUCAGGAGGCCGAUGAUUUAACCAACGAAAUCUUCGACCGUUUCUCUGAGGAGUUGCGGGUCCCAGUGCAGUACUCCGAAUUGCCGCUUUCCUUUCUUCGCACUCUUUACGAAGCCAGGCGUUCACAGCUGAGCAGCCGUGAAGUGGAUUCCAUCCGCGACACGGUCGGUGGCAGGCCACGCUUCAGAGGCAAGAGAAAGAGAGAGAAGUCUCCUUGGUGA